AUGCCAAAUUAUCGUAAAAAUUCUUAUUUAAAAGACAGUAGUGUGUCUCCAACAAAGACAUCGUCAUUUCUAUUACCUAAUGGUAAUUAUCCGCCUGGUAUAUUACCAAUACCUGAUUUAUCAAAAACUGUUUCAACGAACAAUAAUAAUAAUAGUACUAAAGUGAAACAUUGUUUAUCAAGUCCGACGAUACGUAAUCAGGCAAAUCCAAUGGCAAUCAACAAUAAUAAAACGUCAUCUUAUCAUUAUUCAAAUUACUAUAAUAAUCAUCAUUUAUCAACAUCUUAUCCUCCUUCUUCCACUAUUCGUUAUCAACAAACACGCUCCCAUCAAAAAAUUCCAACAUCACGGACAUCGCCAGCAACAACAGCCCUUGCAUCACAUUCAUUACCAGCUGUACCAGUAUUUUAUUCGCCAAAACGUGGUGAUAAUACAUAUCAAGAGCCACCUUUGGAUGUUAAAGAUUUACCUAAACCACCUGUUUCAUGGUACUUGAGUGAUUCAGCAACAUCAUCUGAUAAUGAAGAAACCACAAACAAUAAUAACUCCGAUGCCGUAUCAACUAAUAAUGCUUCAAAUAUGAUGAGUCCAAUAAGAAUGUCUGAUACAAAUCAAAUUAAGACAGUAGAUGAUGAAGAAGAAGAUCAACAAGAAAGUUCAAAUUCGUCAAAUUCUACAUUAAUAGGUUCGGAUAAUGAUAAUGCGUCGCGCACAACAAAAUCAAAGCGUUGGUUGUCUUCAAAAAGUUACUAUGCAAAACCAACAGCUCAAUAUCAACGUUCACGUCCACCUUCAUACAAUUAUUUCAAUAAUAAUUAUUAUCAUUAUGAACAACCACAACACUAUCAUAAACAAUAUCGAGCCUAUAAUUCAGGAGGAAUUGGUUUUAUAACGGUUAAAGGGUAA